AUGGGAAACAAAAUAUAUGUAACAGAGAGAGCAGUAGAAGUAAAAGAAAGAAAGAAAGAAAGAAAGGUGGAUCGGCGGCAUGGAAAGCGGGCACUUCCAUGGGACGCGGCGGCGGAGGAGAAAGAAACAGAUCAACCCUUCCCUCUCUCCGCUCCUCUCUCCGCUCCUCUCCCAAAUCAAGAGAGGAAGAUACAUUAUAGAGGCGUGAGACAAAGACCAUGGGGGAAAUGGGCGGCGGAGAUUCGUGACCCGAAGAAAGCGGCUAGAGUUUGGCUUGGCACUUUCGAUACGGCCGAGGCUGCUGCCAUUGCGUAUGAUAACGCCGCUUUGAGGUUUAAAGGCACCAAGGCCAAGCUUAAUUUUCCCGAACGAGUUCAAGCCAACCCUGCUGAGUUUGGCUUCCUUCCCUCCACUGGCGGUGCCGCUGCAGCUCCGGCAACCGUAGCAUCCUUGUCAUCAUCGUCGUCGUCAUCAUCAUCUUCUGUUGCUCUUCUCCCGCCGUUGCCGCAGGGAGAAGCCUUCCCCGGCCUUCACCAGUACGCCCAACUCCUCUCCAGCACCGACGCCGACUUCCCUUAUUAUUCUUCCACUCUUCUCAACCAACAACCCCAUUACCCUUUCUCUUCCUCACCCAGCCACCCACACCAACAAGACCACGAUCACUACGGCAAAGAUUUUGGCGCCGGUGGCUCAACCAAUUAGACCCUUUUUAUGUGCUUUUGUAGUAUCACAUUUUAUAUGCUUUGCUUUCACGAUUCCUAUAAACCAUAUAAUUCUAAGUUAAAUCCUUUUUCAUUCCCCCUU